ACCCACCGAUUCUAAGUCAUCAAUGAUAAAGCGCACUUUUCCCAUCCCUAACUAGCAGAAACUAAACUAAGCUGGUAAGCACCGAGAGCCCGCACCGAAAAUGGGGUGUUGUGGUGAUGAAGAGGAAGAUGAUAUCCUCCAACCGCUCCACCCCGAUCAUUCCGGUGACCUGUCCUCCACCGCAUCCUCGGCCGUGGACGGGGGCUCCGACGACUGGACCAUCGUGACAUCCCCGAUGAACUCCCUCUUCUCAGCCCUAAUUUGCAGGGACACCAUGCGGGUCAUCCUCGAGAAACUCCCACUUGUCGAUCUGGCGCGUGCGGCGUGCGUGUGCAGGCUGUGGAACUCUGUGGCCUCCGAUAGGGAAAUCAAGACGAGGGCGUUCAAGGCCCCUUGGAAAUUGAAGGAAAUUGUUGGGAAUCCCAGCUCUGGAAGCUUCUGGAGAGAUAAUAGCCUUGGUAAAUUCGCCAUUUCGCAUCGGUUGGUUCGUGGUGAUUCUGUUGCUAGCCUCGCCGUGAAGUACUCUGUUCAGGUGACAGACAUAAAACGAAUGAAUAACAUGAUGAGUGACCACGGGUUACACUCAAGGGAGAGGUUGCUGAUCCCUGUAAGCAAACCAGAUCUUCUCAUCAAUGUUACAUGCUACAUAGAAUUGGAUAUCUACGCCAAAAGGGAAGUGGCAGUACUCUAUCUCGAUGGUGGCCCUGAUAGAAAGCUCAACUGUUUAUUGAAUAGGGUGACUUCUGACCGUGGCAAGAGAAGGCUAGUUGACUCCUUGAAGAAAAGCAUGCAGGUCGAUGAUGGAACUGCCCAAUACUACCUGUCUGUAUCAAAUGGUGACCCUCGAGCUGCACUCACAGAAUUCUCCGAGGAUCUUAGAUGGGAAAGGCAGGUGGGAUUGUCCUAGUUUGUAAGGUAAAAUUAUAUGCUGGGUUUGGUCUUUUUUAAAAUAAUUGGUGGUAGAGGCAGCGUAAAGUUUGGAAUAGGGUGCUUCUACAUCACGUAUAGUUGUAUCUGCAUAUAGCUGUAUCCGCAUUUAUCAUUUUCUUCUACAUUUUCCAACUCCACUAUAAAGGCACAUUCAGAAUGUUGAUAAAAAUUCUACCAUCACAAGUGGUGCUCUUCCAUCAGAAUCAAGUUAGAGGAAGUCCAAACUGCUACAAAGCGUUUUCUGGGUGGUUUCUGUCUCUGGUCGAUCAAUCUGAUGUGGAACUUGUGUUGUAUAUGAUUCUGGACAAUCUUGGGAAGUGUUGUAUACUUGAAAUUUCUAAUACCAAUGGACCUUCUCUUUGUGUUUUGCUGCUUGCUUUAAUCAGUACAUGCUGGCAACAUUCUGUGAAGUUUUUCGCCUGCACAUCGAUCACUUGUAACAGGAAAAGAGAGGACAGAAGAACGUAGUUUUGUUAGGCUUUCACUUCCUGAUGUUAUUUGAAAAGUAUUAACCAAUGUAUAAAGAUACAUAUCAAAUUUGAAUGAUAUUUGUAACUUAUAAUUGCUAUUUUA